GCCGACUCGCACAAACAGUUUACGACGAGUCUACGUCAAUUACAUUGUAUAAUAUUUUCCAAGAUUGUAGUAGUGUGUUUUAUUGAGAAGGAAAUUUGAAAUACAAUUUUGAGAUCAAAAGCCGAAAUGGACGAUUUUGAUAUCAAGUCACAACUGGAUCUGCUCAACGAAUACUUGGACAGGGAGAUGGAAGAAAUCAAAACUGAGUAUUUCGUCAUCAAGCCCGAUAGAAAGACAAAUGGCGGUAAUCGUGCGACGACCGCCGAUGACGGCGCAUCGACGAACAUCGUAAACGGAUCGCAUUACGAUUACGACCAGAAUUGUCAAAAUCCUGAUGUACUCGAGAUGUGCUCGUGGCAGAAGUUCAAAGACAAUAAAGCGUUGUUUCCACAGACGAUCUGCAAGAAAAGGAGCAGAGCCAUAGACAUAAUCGACCCGGAGACUGGUGAAAAAAUACAAUUAUGAACGGAUGUCGAAAAAAAAUUACCUCGUGCCCAGAGCACUUUGCAGUUGCGCAUGUCAUUGCCUGAUGUGUAUUAAUUGCUACUAAAUUUUGCGCCCAAUAAAAAUAAUAUUAUUUUAUCCGUCCAA